CACCGAUACUGAUGACGACUACGUCCUGCAGGAAGGGAGAAUGGGUCAUUUUGCUGCUGUGCCGGUCCGCCACAUGCAUUAUUGCCCAAGACUGCGAAGAUGUGCCGAGAGAGAAAACCCCGCCAAACAGGAUCGACAGGAUUUGACGGGCCGAGCUGGAUGGAGAAGGCGCUGAACAACCGUCCAGGGUCGACUUUGUCCUCUGAGCCGGAGACGAAGACCUGCUGAAGAUACAACUCUACCCUGAGAGGAUAGGCGGGUUCUUUCUUUUCUGCGAAAAACAUCUCCUCGGUUGAACAGGAACCCGGUCGAAAAGUGACAUGUGUUCUGGGGCGAACCAGUUCAGCCCUCCAGAGUCUAUCUCAACCUGCGCAGAAGGCUGGAGCGCUAAUUAGCCCAUCUCGAAGCAUGGAUUCCAUUGAUGGACCCUUUCCGGGGCAAGUUAUCACACUCCUUGACGCCCCCAAUGGUUGACCCCAUCUUUGAUCGUCGUACAUGCCUCGCCUUUGCCGUAUAUCCGAUAACGGAGCUUUUUAAAUCCAGCGCCAUGCGGCCGCUUGUGACGAAGACAGACCUUGCUGGCACGACAUCUAUUCGCGUUGCUGUUCAAUAUAUUUUCAGCAGUGGUUUACUGCCGACGUUCAUCAUGGUGGUGAUCAUGAUGCAUACGACUUGACAUUGGCGCCAAUUGCAAGGAGAUGGCAGGACCCGAACCAACAACCACCCGAACACCGUUUGCUUCGGCUUCCUCGUCCACUCUCGACGACACUCCGGAGAUGGAGAAGCCUGAAACGCCUCUCGAAACUGGAUCAGACAUUCUGGCGCUCAAGGAAAUCGACACAGGCGAACAGGCCGUUGUUCCAGAACAUGCACCUUCAACUCGUGGGCCUCGCAGCGACCUCGUCGAAUUCGAUGGCCCCGACGAUCCAGAAAACCCCAAGAAUUGGUCAAACGCAAAACGUUGGGGGAUUACCGCUUCCAUGGGUCUUAUGACCUUUGUCGUGACCUUUGCGAGCUCGAUCUAUUCCGUUGCCAUUCGGCCUGUCGCCAAAGAAUAUCAUAUAGGCGAGGUCUCGUCUACCCUGGGGGUGUCCCUCUUCCUUCUUGGGUUUGUGUUUGGACCUAUCCUGUUUGGACCAGCAUCGGAAGUUUUUGGCCGCCGGAUCCCUCUCUUUGUGGGAUACCUCGUCUUCGCCGUCUUCCAGAUUCCGGUGGCCGUCGCUCAGAAUGUAGAGACGAUCAUGCUCGGUCGUUUCUUCGGAGGAUUUGCCGCUUCGGCGCCAUUGGCUGUCGUCGGAGGCGCCAUGGCUGAUAUCUGGGGACCCAUCGAGAGGGCGUAUGGGAUUUGCGUGUUUGCGGCCUCUGCCUUCACAGGUCCAGUUGCUGGGCCCAUCAUUGGCGGCUUUGUCACCCAGUCAUAUCUUGGCUGGCGAUGGACCGCCUGGAUUACCUUGAUCAUGACGGCACUGUUUGGAUGCAUUGGCCUGGUCUUGAUCCCUGAGACCUCGGCCGCAAGGAUUCUGCAAAUGAAAGCGAAGCGACUGCGAUACGAAACGCAAAACUGGGCACUACACGCCAAAGCGGACGAGAGCCGAGUCAACAUAAAGACACUGACGACCAUAUAUCUCGUCCGGCCGUUUGUCAUGUUUGUGCAGGAGCCAAUCCUCGCACUCAUCACCGCAUACAUGAGCUUCAUCUACGGCAUCCUGUAUCUCCUUUUCGAGGCCUAUCCCAUCUCGUUCCAGGAACAACGGGGUUGGAACCCCGGGGUCGGAUCCCUCCCGUUCGCCGCGUUCAUCGUCGGCAUUGCCAUGGGGACAGGUAUGAUCGCCUACUCAACCCGGACCAAUUUCACAAAGGCCUUCAAGAAACACGGCAGGGUCAUCCCCGAAGAGAGGCUGCCCCCCAUGAUCGUCGGAGCCGCCGUUCUCCCGAUCGGUCUGUUUCUAUUUGCUUGGACUUCUGAUCCACACAUCACCUGGGUCCCGCAAGUCCUCGCCACGGCGCUCCUGGGCAUGGGAUGCCUGUCGACGUUCUGGCAGGGCACAAACUUCAUCAUUGAUUGCUAUGGGUUCUACUCCAACAGCGCCAUCGCGGUGAACACCUUCGUUCGGUCCAUAGCUGGCGCCGGCUUCCCCCUGUUCGCCCCGGCCAUGUACCACAACCUGGGUGUGCCUUGGGCGACUUCGCUCCUGGCAUUUCUUUGCCUGGUGUUCUUUCCGGUCCCGGUCCUCUUCUACAUAUAUGGCGCGAAGAUUAGACAGAGAUCGAGGUUCAGGCCCGUGGGCUGAGACAGUCUUGGGUUGGCUGCAAGCAAAACAACAGAAUGCCUCUCUCUCUCCAGCUGAGGGAAAAUUGAGAUGAAGUGUUGCGUUAGAGAUCUCUCUCCCUGCUGUGACAAAACCUUCCCCAUCUUUCCCCCAGGGAUCAGAACAACUUUGUCGAGGAAAGGACUCCGGACCGGACGAGACAAGAUGUCAGCACUGCCAUAGGCGUUCCGCCUAAACCACAUGGCUCGCGGCUACAAGCCUAUGACGAGAAGGAAACGGCACAUAACCGACUCCAAGAUGCGAGUACGAUAUCCGUGAUAGAGCUGCCCGUCAUCAAGGAAUAGUGUUGACAAGGCGAGAAUGAGACAUCAUGUCGAAGGAAUAAAUUGGUUUGGUGAGAGAGAGAGAGUCCAUACAUAUAAGACAGCGUUGUUUAAUAUUAGUGUAGUGGCAGUCCCAUCUCGCAAUGGAGACAGAUUUUGCUCUGGCGAGCAGUGGCUUUGCAC